UAGUUACUAGAAGGGGCUAUAAACCGCCCAAAAUUACACUGAAAGAGGCUACGAAUCUGAAACCUCACACCUUAAACCCUUCUCUCUGAAACGAAACCCUCACACCGUCAGUCUCUCCGGCAACGAUUCAGGAUGGAUGAUAGUUUAUAUGAUGAGUUUGGGAACUACAUUGGGCCCGAAAUCGAGUCGGAUCAAGAGAGCGAUAGAGAGGAGGAAGACGAGGAUCUUCCGGAAAAGAUCGAGGCCGACCGGGCUGGUUCUGAUGAGGAGAAUGCAGUUGCGGGGCCCAAUGGGUGGUUAAUGAACGGUGAAGAUGUCGAUAUGGAGAAUCAGAUUGUUCUUGCGGAGGAUAAGAAGUAUUAUCCUACUGCGGAAGAGGUUUACGGUGAGGAAGUGGAGACGCUGGUUAUGGAUGAAGAUGAGCAGCCGCUUGAGCUGCCGAUUAUUAAGCCUGUUCGGGAUAUUAAGUUUGAAGUCGGGGUUAAGGAUUCGUCGACUUACGUUUCGACGCAGUUUCUGUUGGGGCUUUCUUCGAACCCGACUUUGGUUCGGAAUGUUGCGUUGGUUGGGCAUCUUCAGCAUGGGAAGACGGUGUUUAUGGAUAUGUUGGUGGAGCAAACGCAUCAUAUUUCGACUUUUGAUCAGAACAGUGAGAAGCAUAUGAGGUACACGGAUACGCGAGUAGAUGAGCAGGAGAGAAGAAUUUCGAUUAAAGCGGUUCCUAUGUCGCUUGUUCUUGAAGAUAGCAAUUCGAAGUCGUAUAUGUGUAAUAUUAUGGAUACACCGGGGCAUGUUAAUUUUUCCGAUGAGAUGACGGCUGCUCUUAGGCUUGCUGAUGGUGCUGUAUUGAUUGUUGAUGCCGCUGAAGGAGUCAUGGUGAACACCGAAAGAGCAAUUCGGCAUGCAAUCCAGGAGCGUUUACCGAUAGUGGUUGUGAUUAACAAGGUUGACAGAUUAAUAACUGAGCUUAAACUACCGCCAAAAGACGCUUAUCAUAAGUUGCGACAUACGAUCGAAGUCAUCAACAACCACAUUACCGCAGUCUCUUCGACAGCUGGCGAUGUCCAAGUCAUUGAUCCAGCUGCCGGAAACCUUUGUUUCGCUAGCGGUAGUGCAGGAUGGUGCUUCACUUUACAAUCAUUUGCAAAACUAUACGUUAAGCUUCACGGAAUCCCUUUCGAUGCCAACAAGUUCGCAUCUCGACUUUGGGGAGAUUACUAUUACGACCCUGCUACUAGAACCUUCAAAAAGAAACAACCCGCAAGUGGCGCCGAAAGGUCGUUCGUACAGUUCAUUCUCGAACCGCUUUACAAGAUCUACAGCCAAGUUAUCGGAGAACAUAAAAAGAGUGUCGAGACAACGUUAGCGGAACUUGGGGUUACGUUAAGCAAUGCGGCGUACAAGUUGAAUGUGAGACCUUUGCUUAGAUUAGCGUGCAGCUCGGUUUUCGGGUCAGCCACCGGGUUCACCGACAUGUUGGUUCACCAUAUCCCGUCUGCGAAAGAGGCUGCGUCUAAAAAAGUUGACCAUAUUUACACCGGGCCGAGAAGUUCAACAAUCUACACUUCCAUGUCGAAUUGUGACCCGUCGGGGCCGCUUAUGGUCAAUAUUACGAAACUGUAUCCGAAAUCGGAUUGUUCGGUUUUCGAUGCGUUUGGAAGGGUGUAUAGCGGAGAAAUCCAUACCGGUCAGACUGUGCGUGUUCUCGGAGAGGGUUAUUCACCUGAUGACGAAGAAGAUAUGACGGUAAAAGAAGUAACAAAACUAUGGGUUUAUCAAGCGCGUUACAGGAUCCCUAUCAAUAAGGCGCCACCUGGCUCGUGGGUUCUUAUCGAAGGUGUUGAUGCUUCCAUUAUGAAAACCGCAACACUUUGUGAUUCUGAAUAUGAUGAUGAUGUGUACAUAUUCAGGCCUCUUCAGUUUAACACUCUUCCUGUGGUGAAAACCGCAACUGAACCGUUAAAUCCUAGCGAGUUACCGAAAAUGGUCGAGGGUCUUAGGAAGAUUAGUAAGAGUUAUCCUUUAGCGAUUACGAAAGUCGAAGAGUCCGGAGAACAUACUAUUUUAGGUACCGGAGAAUUGUAUCUUGAUUCUAUAAUGAAGGAUCUCAGAGAACUAUAUUCAGAAGUCGAAGUCAAGGUGGCGGACCCAGUUGUCUCGUUUUGUGAAACGGUGGUGGAGUCUUCGUCAAUGAAGUGCUUUGCUGAAACGCCUAACAAGAAAAAUAAAAUUACUAUGAUUGCUGAACCACUGGAGAGAGGACUUGCAGAAGAUAUCGAGAAUGGUGUUGUAAGCGUUGACUGGCCCCGAAAGAAGCUAGGGGACUUUUUUCAAAAUAGAUACGAUUGGGAUCUGCUUGCUGCUAGAUCUAUAUGGGCGUUUGGACCCGACAAGCAGGGACCUAAUAUCUUAUUGGAUGACACACUCUCGAGUGAAGUCGACAAAAGUUUGUUGAAUUCCGUGAAGGAUUCAAUUGUUCAAGGGUUCCAAUGGGGUGCACGUGAGGGUCCGCUGUGUGACGAGCCGAUUCGUAACGUGAAGUUCAAAAUAGUUGAUGCGAAAAUUGCACCAGAGCCGCUACAUCGCGGAACCGGUCAAAUCAUUCCAACCGCUCGACGUGUGGCCUACUCGGCUUUUCUUAUGGCAACACCACGCCUUAUGGAGCCGGUAUAUUAUGUGGAGAUACAAACACCUAUCGAUUGUGUUUCCGCUAUAUACACGGUGUUAUCUCGAAGACGUGGGCAUAUAACUGCCGACGUUCCUCAACCGGGGACCCCUGCAUACAUCGUCAAGGCGUUUGUUCCUGUAAUCGAGUCGUUCGGUUUUGAGACGGACUUACGGUACCACACACAGGGGCAAGCAUUUGCGGUAUCGACUUUCGAUCAUUGGGCUAUUGUUCCUGGUGACCCAUUGGAUAAGAGCAUUGUGUUACGUCCACUUGAGCCUGCUCCGAUUCAGUAUCUUGCACGUGAAUUCAUGGUGAAAACGAGGCGUAGGAAGGGUAUGAGCGAGGAUGUGAGCAUCAACAAGUUUUUCGACGAGGCUAUGGUGGUGGAGCUUGCUCAGCAGGAAGCUGAUCUACACCAGCAGAUGAUUUAGACACCGCGAUGAAUGAUUUGUAGCGGUUUAAUGGAGUUUUGGCGAUUUGUUUUUAGCUUUGAUACCAAAAGAGUUUAGACUUGUAUUUCUAAGCACUUUCUUUGCUACGUCGAAGAAACUGAUACUGUUUGAUGGACUAUGUAAAACAAGGUUGCUUGAAAGAUUUAAUUAAUUUUAGUUUAAGUAUCAAGUAUCAA